AUGUCGCGUCCCAUUGUAUUUGUAGGCCCAUCUGGUAUCGGCAAGGGAACAAUCAUUGGAAAGCUUAGAGAACUUUACCCUGGUAGAUUUGAUUUCUCCGUUAGCCAUACAACACGUAAGCCAAGAGAAGGAGAAACAGAUGGCGUUCAAUAUAAUUUCGUUACCCGCAAAAAAUUCGAAGAAAUGAUCAAGAAUGGAGAAUUCCUCGAACAUGCUGAAGUUCACGGCAAUUAUUAUGGUACAUCUUUUGCCGCCAUUCAUCAUGUUGAAGAAUCUGGCAAGAUUUGCAUCCUUGAUAUUAACAUUGAUGGUGCUAUUGCUGUAUAUAAGUCCAACAUGACUCCAUAUAUCAUUCUUCUCAAGCCAACUUCAUUCGAAGCACUUGAAGCUCGUCUUCGUGGAAGAGCAACUGAAACAGAAGAACAAAUUCAAAAGCGUCUCCAAACCACUAAAAGAGAACUUGAAAGAUACGAAGAACUUAAGGAUAUGUUCGAUUUAACCAUUAUUAAUGAUCGCCUUGACGUUACACUCAUUAAAAUAUCAGAGGAGCUCUUCAAGAGAUAUAAACUCCCAUAA